AUGGGAUCUGGGGAUGAGAUCCGGGCACAGGACCCUGCUCCUCCCUCCCCCCAGCCCCUCCCCAGGAAUUCCAGGACGAUGAAUUCCCAGCGCUCCGACAUCCCCCACGUGCCCAAGAUGGGCGUCCGCGCCCGCGUGGCCGAGUGGCCGCCGCGCUCCAAGGACCCCAAGGAUCCCCCCGGCUCCUCGCGCCAAUCCCCGUUCAAAGCGCACCGCUCGUCCCGGCGCCCCGGCCCGCACUCCAAGGACGUGGAAUUCCAGGAGGGAUUUCUGGGGAUCCCCUUGAGGCAGCGCAGCAGCAGCGAGGUGACGCUGAGCGAGUGCGACGCCGAGGAAACGCCGGAGAACCGCGGCAAUUGCGGCGGCGCCGCCGGUUUGUUCCGCGAGUACGGCAGCACCUCCUCCAUCGACGUGCAGGGCAUCCCCGAGCAGAGCUUCUUCGAGAUGCUCAACGAGUUCCGCGCCAAAAAACCCCAAUUUCCCGCCGCCAAAGCGGAGAGCCGCGAGGAGCCGGCGCCGGCGAAGGAGAAACCGCGCCGGCGCUGCCUGAGGAACGACGACUCCAUCUUCAAAAAACUGCGCGGCGCCAAAGAUCCCGAGGAGCCCCGGCCCCCGGAGCCGCCCAAGUCUUGGCUGUGCCGUAAAGGGUUCGCCCAUUUCGACGUUCAGAGCAUUUUCUUCGAGGCCGUCUCGCUCGGCGCCGCCGGCACCCAACGGCGCAACACCACCACCGGCGCCUCGGCCGCGUCGGCCGGCUCCGAGCCCGGCUUCUCCAGCACCGAGGAUUUGAACUGCAAGGAAAACCUGGAGCAGGAUUUGGGGGACAACACCAGCAACGAGCUCUUGUUGAGCUGCCCCCAUUUCCGCAACGAGAUCGGCGGCGGCCGCGGGGAGCGCGACGUCAGCUUCGCCAGGUCGGCGGCGCCGGCCACGCCGGAGCUCGGCCGCGGCCCCCGGGGCACCAACGCCGGCGUCUCGGUGCUGGAGCUGCCCAGGGAGCAGCAGAGGAACCCGGAGAGGCUGCGCAGUUACAGCGUGGAGCACGCGGAUCUGGGAGCGCGAUACUACCGCGAUUAUUUCCAUGGAAAAGAGCACUGCAAUUACUUUGGGCUGGAUGAGAAGCUGGGCCCCGUGGCCGUGAGCGCGCGGCGGGAGCGCCUGGAGGAGAGCCCGGAGCAGGGAGCCCAGUUCCAGCAGAGGCUCAUCCUCAGGACCAGCCAGCUGGUGACUCUGCGUGGCUCCAUCCUGGAGGACGCCGUUCCCAGCACGUCCAAGGCCGGCUCCAUCCGCGGGAUCCCGCUCAGGGAAGUUCUGGAAUUCGUCGUCCCCGAGCUCAACACGCACUGCCUGCGCCUGGCGCUGGCCACACCCAAGGUCACCGAGCAGCUGCUCAAGCUGGAUGAGCAGGGGCUGUGCCGGCGGCACAAGGUGGGGAUCCUGUACUGCAAGGCGGGGCAGAGCUCGGAGGAGGAGAUGUACAACAACGAGGCCGCCGGGCCCGCCUUCGACGAGUUCCUCACGCUCCUGGGAGAGAAGGUUUCCCUCAAAUCCUUCACCAAGUACGCGGCACAGCUCGACACCAAGACCGAUUCCACGGGCACGCACUCGCUCUACACCACGUACCAGGACUACGAGAUCAUGUUCCACGUGUCCACCAUGCUGCCCUACACCCCCAACAACCGCCAGCAGCUGCUCCGGAAGCGCCACAUCGGCAACGACAUCGUGACCAUCAUCUUCCAGGAGCCCGGCGCGUUGCCGUUCACGCCGCAGAACGUCCGGAGCCACUUCCAGCACGUCUUCAUCAUCGUCCGCGCGCACCAGCCCUGCUCCGACAACGUCUCCUACAGCGUGGCCGUCACGCGCUCCAAGGACGUCCCUCCCUUCGGCCCCCCGGUGCCGCCCUCCGGCGUCACCUUCCGCCGCUCCGACCUCUUCCGCGCCUUCCUCUUGGCCAAGGCCAUCAACGCCGAGAACGCCGCGCACAAAUCCCACAAAUUCCGCACCAUGGCCACGCGCACGCGCCAGGAAUACCUGCGGGAUCUGGCCGAGAACUACGUCACCAACACGCCCUUGGACACGGCCGGCAAGUUCAACCUCAUCUCCUUGGCUUCCAAAAAAAAGGAGAAAUCCAAAGCGCGGCCGUCGGCCGAGCUGGAGAGCGCCGGCGCCGUCUCGUGGCGCGUCUCGGCCGUGGAUUUCGGCCGCGGCGGCGCGGAGGUGCCGUGCGUGUUGGGCAUUUCCAAGGAGCUGGUGGUGUUGGUGGAUUUGGCGGCCAAGGAGGUGGUGUUCCACUGUUUCACCGGGGACGUGAUCGGGUGGAGCGCGGAGGGGGCGGCGCUGAGGAUCUACCACGGGCGCGGGGAUCUGGUCAGCGUCAGGGCGGGGCCGGGAGCCGAGGGCGCGGCGGCGGACGGAGCCGAGGGCGCCGUGGAAGAGGUCAAGGAGAUCGUGCAGAGGCUCAAGGUGACGACGCCGGGCUGCGCCACGGUGGACAUGACCCUGCGGCGCAACGGGCUGGGCCAGCUGGGCUUCCACGUGCACCCCGACGGCAGCGUGGCCGAGGUGGAGGAGUACGGCUUCGCCUGGCAGGCCGGGCUGCGGCGCGGCAGCCGCCUGCUGGAGGUGUGCAAGGUGGCGGCCGUGGCGCUCAGCCACGAGCAGAUGAUCGACCUGCUGCGCACCUCGGUCACCGUCACCGUGGGCAUCGUGCCGCCGCACGAGGACGGCACGCCCAGGAGGGGUUGGUCGGAGAGCCUGGCGUCGCUGCCGGCGGAUGCGGAGCCGUUCCCGGAGCCGUUCCCGGAGCCGUUCCCGGAUCCGUUCCCGGCGCCGUUCCGGGCUCCGUUCCGCAGCGGCCCCGGCUGGCACCGGGGGGGCCCCAAACGGGCCCCGGGCGGCGGCGGCGCCCACCGGGAACCAGCGGGGCACGCCGGGAAACGCCCCCUGAGUUUCCCGGAGUCGCCGCAUUCUGGCGCCGGCGCCGCUGCGUUCCGGCAAAGCUCCGGCAGCUUCUCCGCACCGGGGAGGCCGCAGAGGGGGGCGCCGUUCCAGGCCGAACAUCCCGGACAUUCCGGGAAUUCUGGGAGUUCUGGGAAUUCUGGGAAUUCUGGGAAUUCUGGACACUCCGACGGCUCCGCGAUCGGCCAAGAUGGCGGCGCUGAGAGGAUCAAGGCGGAGCCGCUCUGGCACGUCCCGGCCCCGGCCAGAAUUCCCGGCAAGCGCCCGGCGCGGCCGGAGCCCGGCGGGAAGGAUUCCCCAAACCGGCUGCACAAGAAGGAGCCCUCGUGCAGCCCCUCCCCCCUGUCCAGCUCCGCCUCCAGCGAGGCCGAGGCCGAGGGCGGGGCCAGCGACGGCAGCGACGCCAGGAAUGCUGGGAAGGACGCAAGGAAUGCUGGGAAGGACACUUGGAGUUCUGGGAAUGACGCAAGGAAUGCUGGGAAGGACGCUUGGAAUUCUGGGAACGGCGCAAGGAAUUCUGGGAGUGGCGCAAGGAAUGCUGGGAAGGACGCUUGGAAUUCUGGGAAUGAUGCAAGGAAUGCUGGGAAGGACGCUUGGAAUUCUGGGAGUAGCACAAGGAAUUCUGGGAGUGACACAAGGAAUUCUGGGAGUAACGCCUGGAAUUCUGGGACUGACGCUUGGAAUGCUGGGAAGGACGCAAGGAAUUCUGGGAAGGACGCUUGGAAUGCUGGGAAGGACGCAAGGAAUUCUGGGAGUGACGCAAGGCAUGGUGGGAAGGACGCUCAGCAUUCUGGGAGCAACACAAGGAAUUCUGGGAGCGACGCUUGGAAUUCUGGGAAUGACGCCUGGAAUUCUGGGAUCGGCGCCAGGAAUUCUGGGAAGGACGCUUGGAAUUCUGGGAAUGAGGGCCGGCCCGAGGCCCCGCCUACGGCCAGGUCGCAGAUUCCGGCACCGGUUCCCAAACCCUUCCCCCGAGUUCCCGGCAGAGCCAAAAUCGCCAAAGCGGCGCCGGGGGCGGGGCCGGGGGCGGGGCCGGGGGCGGGGCCGGGAUGGAGGCGCCCGGACGAGGCCGCGGAGAGCAAAACGCAGGUGAACGUGUUCGGGCAGCCGCGGCUCCGCGCGUCUCUCCGGGACCUUCGCUCCCCGCGGCGCGUCCCCAAAUCCUCCAUCGAGGACGACCUCAAGCGCCUCAUCCUGAUGGACAAUUCCUGCCCCGAGCCCGAAACCGCCACGCCCCUGCAGAGGACGCUGUCGGACGAGUCGCUGUGCGGGAGCCGCCGGGACAAUCCCGGGAAUUGCGAAUCGCAGCUCCGAGAAUUCCCCGAAAACUUCCCGGGGGGGUUCCCUGGGAGCAGCACCCUGCCCCACAGGAGGGGCCAGGAAACCAGGAAAGGGCCCGUGGCCCGGCUGGAGCCGGGGCUGAUGCCACUGCCGGACACGGCCGGGCUGGAGUGGGCGACGCUGGUGAGCGCGGCCAAGGCCUACGAAGUUCAAAGAGCCGUGUCCCUUUUCUCCCUGACCGACCCCGCCCUGAGCCCGGAGCCGCCCCCGGCCCCUCCCCCACCCCCGCGGGCAGCGCCCCUCCCCCCACUCAGCCCCUCCCCAGCCCCCCUGGACCUGCCAGGAAAAGUUUCCCAGCUGGAGGCGAUGCUGAAGCAGCUGCACAGCGACCUGGAGAAGGAGAAGCAGGACAAGGUUUUCCUGCAGGCCGAGGUCGCCAACCUGCGGCAGAACAACCGGCGGCUGCAGCAGGAGUCGAGCUCGGCCGCGCGGCAGCUGCGCCGCUUCGCCAGGAUCUUCUCGGGGAACCCGGAGCACCAGGAGCCCUGACUGGGAUCCACUGGGACAGACUGGGAUAAACUGGGAUUGACUGGGAGA